AUGGACAAGCAACAAACUAAACACAGUGAGCUUUCGAAUAAAGUCAAUAGAAACGAAAGUAAAAUGGUGGGUGACCACAACUAUAAUUUUGAUCGAGUUGUGUACACACCAAACAAAUCAAUGUUCAGCGUCAUUAAAAAGAAGAAAGUUUCAAUACAGAGCUAUGAAUCUGUUCUAUUCUUUACGAAAGAAAAUUCACAACCUUCAACUUCUAUUCGAAAGGUCACCAAAAAGAAUCACACACCAAUUACCCAACAAUACACUGUCAUGAAUACAUCACAAAAGAUCACUCAUUCACAACAAUCUUUAAAUAUCCUAAACGAAACUAAACCCUUUAGAAUAAUGCUCCCGUCCAUCAAGGAGUUGUUUUCCGCCAAUCAAACAAGUAUCUUUCCAAUAGAUCACAACUUACUCCAUCCAACUUCCAAUAAUCUUUCCAUUUAA